AUGAACGGUCAUACCUUGAUUCCGUCCCGAUUAUACCAGUCUGCCUCUUUGCAGCUGGACGACUUCAAGGAGAUCUGCGCGCGGCAAGUCGACACUACUACCUACCCGCUCGCGUGCGCGGUCGAGCAAAACGUCCCCAUCUACGACCUCGCCGCCAUCGACCUGCAAAAUGUGACAUGCGAGACAAUCUCCCGACUGCAGGAUGAAUGGCAUCAUAUCUUGCACACGGGGCCGGGCAUCUUCGUGCUGCGGGAUAUGUACGGCCCCGCGAGGUAUGGGGAUAUUCUCUCCGCCACCAACGACGCCUUUAACCGGAUUAUCGCGAAGGAGCGCGCGUCGGAUACCUCAAAAGGCGACCACUUCGCCGCGGGCGGUACCAACGACCGGAUCUGGAAUGCUUUCUCCAAACAUGCGCUCGAAGACGAGGCCUCGUUCGUCGAUUACUACGCCAACCCAUGGCUGGCUGCUGUGUGCAGCGCAUGGCUUGGGCCGGGCUACCGCGUCACGGCGCAGGUAAACGCAGUUCACCCCGGCGGCGUGGCACAGGACAGUCAUCGCGAUUAUCAUCUCGGGUUUCAAGAGGCGGAUGCUUGCAUGCGGUAUCCGGCCCCGACACAGCUGACGUCGCAAUUCCUCACGCUGCAGGGUGCCGUUGCGCAUACCGACAUGCCGGUUGAGAGUGGACCGACGCGGUUCCUGCCUUUCAGCCAGACCUAUGCGCCGGGGUAUCUUGCCUGGCGACGGCCGGAGUUCCGCGCCUUCUUCCAGGAGAAGUAUGUUGCGUUACCGUUGAGCUUGGGGGAUGGUAUGUUUUUUAAUCCGGCGUUGUUCCAUGCUGCUGGGGCGAAUGUUAUGGGUAAGGCGAAUGGGUUCCGUCGUGUUGCGAAUCUGCUUCAGGUGAGUAGUGCGUUCGGGAAGCCGAUGGAAAUGGUCGAUUCCGUCCCGCUCAUUGAUCGCUGCUGGGAUGUUUUGGUGAAGCGGUACAACGAGCGUGCGGGGAAGCAGUUUGCGGAUCAGGAUCUGGACCCUGGGAAGUACUCGCUUGCGGCGCGCGAGGUGCGGGCGUUUAUUCAGGCUGUUGCAGAGGGGUAUCCGUUUCCGACGAAUCUGGAUCAUCGCCCCCUGCGCCGAAUGGCAUGGCGCCGGAGAGUGAGCAGGAUAUUGUAA